CUUGGAGAACUUUUGAUUUCGAUCUUGACGCUUUAAAUUACUUCUACAAGGGAUUGCUUUCUUGUUAAACAUUCUGAGUGCAACGUGCGAGAGAUGAUGACUUGUUGCUUGCGAAAGAAAAGGCGCAUGAAAGGUAAACUCUCAUGGAAGUCGAAGAAGAGAGAUUUGUCUCCUCCUGGUAACUGGGCACCAGAAGAUGAUGAUGUUGAAGGGAAAAUCGUAUUCUUUGGAGGAAGUAACUAUACCUUUGAUUUGGAUGAUUUGUUAGCUGCAUCUGCAGAAAUUUUGGGGAAAGGUGCUUAUGUCACAACCUACAAAGUAGCUGUGGAGGACACGGCCACGGUAGUAGUGAAGAGGUUGGAAGAGGUGGUUGUGGGAAGACGAGAGUUUGAGCAACAAAUGGAGAUCGUUGGUCGAAUCAGGCAUGAUAAUGUAGCUGAGCUUAAAGCCUACUACUAUUCCAAGAUCGAUAAGCUCGCUGUUUAUAGCUAUUACAGUCAAGGAAACCUAUUCGAGAUGCUGCACGGGGAUAAAGUAGAGAACCGAGUACCUUUAGAUUGGGAGUCCCGGUUAAAAAUCGCCAUUGGUGCAGCAAGAGGGUUGUCUAUUAUCCAUGAAGCAGACGACGGGAAGUUUAUCCAUGGCAAUAUCAAAUCCUCCAAUAUCUUCAUGAACUCGCAAUGCUAUGGCUGCAUAUGCGAUCUCGGCUUAACACCCAUCAUGAAAUCUCUCCCUCAGACUACCUUACGUUCUUCAGGUUACCACGCACCUGAGAUAACAGAUACAAGAAAGUCCACACAGUUCUCUGAUAUAUACAGCUUCGGGGUAGUGUUACUCGAGCUUCUAACAGGAAAAUCUCCAGCCAGUCCGCUAUCAACAGACGAAAACAUGGACUUGGCAAGCUGGAUAAGGUCGGUGGUAUCGAAAGAGUGGACAGGAGAAGUAUUCGACAUCGAGCUAAUGAGGCAAAUGGAUAUAGAAGAAGAGAUGGUUGAGUUGUUGCAAAUAGGUUUGGCUUGUGUCGCCUUGAAACCUCAAGAUCGACCUCAUAUAACACAUAUUGUAAAAUUGAUACAAGACAUUCCAACAAACUUCAAUCUUUAAAGCAUUAUUUCAAACAUUACUAAUGAAAUUCAAAACACAAA